GCCCCACCUUAUGGAGGCUUUGUCUGAAAGCUGUCUCAACCUCACCACGCUGGACACCGGGUCGAGGGAGCCGAUCCGUUGCGCACACGUAGCAAAGAAACUUUUCAAGAGGUGCAAUAAAAUACGCGUGCUGAGAACUGUCGACGCGUGGCAAACCUUCGACUCGAGGUUUGUGGAUGCAGUGGCUCAGCUGCCCCACCUGCAGGUGCUGCAACUGUACAGCGCGAGGGACAGAAGUGGCCAUAUUCGGCUGCGCACCCUCGCAGACAACUGCCCACACCUGCGCGAGCUGCAUCUUGGCUGGAUGCGCUACACCAUAGAAGAGGCUGAGUACUUCAUCAAUUCCAAGAAGGAUAUGCUGACACACCUGGAAAUCAGGUGGAUGUCGAAUGAAGGGAGGAGUAUUGUUCCCCUGUUGGCUGUAUGUGCCGGCACCUUGGAGUACCUGAGUCUUACUCGUUACCGUCUCAGGGAAGUGGCUGGAGCAGAUGCUUUCGCCACACUGUGCAAAUUUCGCAAGCUGCACACACUUCUAUUCAGGGGCAUUAUGAGGACUCCUCCUCCUGAAUUUUCACUAGCAUUCAGAGAUGGCGGUUUGGCAGGAGUACGAGACUUGACACUGUCCGAUUAUCGGCUGAUGCCGGACGAUACUUUGCUCACCAUUUCUGAGGGGUGUCCAGAGCUGCAGACCCUGACACUGGACGGUUCUUCCAGACCUACGGAUGAAUUUUUUGAGCCCCUCUGCAAGUUUAAAAAGCUGGAGACAUUAAGAAUAAGUAAUAACUGUACUGAAAGAGGAGAGCUCUUAAAACACGUUGCCCGGAUGCCAGCACUGUCCUCGCUGAGCUUUACCUGUACUGAUUUGCCGGGUAUGGAAUACUUGCUCGAUAUGCCAGGGCUCCAGUACCUUUACUUCCACCAUAUUUCGGGUUAUCGCAUACCAUUUGACAGCUUCCCAGGAAGACUUGUAAAUCUCAGAGAGCUAGUAUUUGUCCGCUGUUUUGGAGACCAAAGAAAAGUAGAUGAAAUGUGUGCUCUGAUGCCAGAUGUGAAGGUAGAAGGAACGCUGAUGGCGUGGAAAUGAAAAUGUUUUGGUUUUGGAUUCUGAUCUGGUCAGAUGCUUUUCAAGCCAGUAUAUAUGACCCAUCCAACUUCUCUUGAAGUUUAUGAAGUACUUCACACACUACCUCAUUUUGAUGCUACCUGUUACUAACUGCAUGUAAAUCUAAUCUGUAUUAAAAGCAUAUUUUGCCAGAUUCUUGAGGUUUUGUAUGUGGCUUUAUUUUGGCACUCUUACUGUAACUGGAUGAUUAUAAUGAACAACGGGCAUAUCUCAAUACAAAGCAUGUCCCGAAAGUAAGUACCAUUUUGGGGAAAAACUCAUAAAAACCUUUUUAUCAAAACAAAAUUUAUUUUUGCAAGAAAGGACAUUUCUUAAACUAUUUUUCUACAUAGUUUCCACCGUUGUUCAGACAUUUGUCACAGCGGGAAGCCAACUUUUCUAUGCCCUCUUCAUAGAACGACACUGCCAGUGAAGACAGCCACAGCGAAGCACCGUCAUUUUUUGCGUUGUCAUCGAUGUCAAAGUGCCUUCCUCCAACAUCGUACCUCAAGGUCAAGAACAGGUGGUCAGAAAGUGCAAUAUUGGGGCUGUAUGGUGGGUGAUUGGGCUGCUCCACCUUUAUUAUUGAAUAAGGUUUCAAGUGACACCAGCAAAACGGAGACACGCAUUGUCAUGAAGCAACACAGAGCCAUGGCCAAACAUUUCACACCAUUUGUUUUGAAUUGUUUGCUGAAGUUUUCUCAGUAUUGCAUUGAUGGUUUCACCUCUGGGAAGGAACUCAACAAGUAGAAUGCUCUGUCUGUCCCAGAACACAGUGCACAUGAUUUUUGUGCUGACAACAUUGUUUUGACAUAUUGUUUUUUGGGGGAUUGUGAUUGCCUCCCCUCUAUUGACUGUUGUUUUGAUUAUGGAGUGCCAUGAGAUACCAGAGUUUUGUCACCAGUUACAAUUCUGUGUAAGAAUUCAUCUCCAUCACCACAGUAUUGGGUAAGAAAUGUCAAAGCACUUCUAAGUCGCCUCUUACUGCCGACAUCCAUAAGCAUUUUCAGAAAUUGAUGGGAACACAAUUUGCAAAAAUUUAAGCGAUUUCUGACAAUCUCAU